UCACUGCUGAGUAUUUACUAUUACAGCAUUCUUGCAAGUGGUUUGUGUAUCACUGCAAUGCGCUAGUUAUUCUCUAGCUAAUAUCCUGUAUGUACAGAAGUUUGACUGAGCAAGCUAAUUAACAAUUCUACCACAUCUGAGUCUAUUAGAUCUAGCUACUUGUAUUUUAUUAGAGCUGAAUUAUGAGCCGACAGGCCCUAUCUCCACCUCCAGUAUUCAGUGAUGCUGGUACACAAGACAAUGCAGUUAUUGUGAGAGAAGCACAGGAAUGGAUUGAGGAAGUGACUGGAAAGUCCUUCGGAGACUCUUUCAAGGAUUCACUCAAGGAUGGAGUUCUGUUGUGCGAGCUCAUGAAGAAAAUCAAUCCAGGCAGCAUUUCUAAAAUCAACAAACUCAAAUCUCCGAUUGCACACUUGGACAACAUUCAACAAUUCUUGAACGCUUGUCAAGAAUUGGGUAUGAAGCAAUCUCAAAUGUUUGAUGUAAUGGACCUACAAUCGUCUCAGAUCACGCCCAAAAAAAUUGGUGUAAAGAGAGAUGAUGCAGACAGGAAAAUUAGAAGUGUGUGUAUGACUCUCUAUUGGCUGGGCAGAACUGUAGCAGAGAUGGAGGAAUACAGGGGCCCCCAGUUGGACCGGAGUGCAUUUUCAGCUAUUAUGCAAGUUGGACAGUACUCGGAUGACGAAGAGAGCAAUGGAAGUCCAACUCCCGAGUCACCUGACCACUACCAAAUUGAGUUGGACAACCACAUCUCAAGUCCUGAGCUCCCAUCAACCGGCCCAAUUGAGAAUGGAAUGGGACUCACGUUUGAGCAAGAACAAACUGCUGACCAGUUGCUGGCUGACAUACAGAGUGCUGUAGACGAAAUGCUUCAUGACUUCCAAUCUGGAUACAUUCCCGAAGAGACACCAGAGAAGGAAUCUGGUAGUCGUGUGGGUAUAAGUGUGCACAUGAUCAGCCGAAAUGGAGGAUUUGGUUUCCAGGUAAUUGGAGGAGCUGAUGCCAACUACCACCCUGAAGUAGAAGUAAUACUACCAGGGAGUGCAGCAGAGGAUGCUGGCAUUAAAGCUGGGGACAAAAUUGUCAGUGUAAACAAAGAAGACAUGACUCGCCUGACUCACUCUGAACUAGUGUCAGUCAUUAAGAAGGCUGGCUCAGAGGGGAGUAUGCUGAUUGGCCUGGUAAGAGAGGGACGUACGACAAUAACUGAGCAUCAGAAUCAACCCACAGACACUGUCCCAGAUAUUGAUGACCAGCAACUGGUAAACGAAGACCCACCCAAUGACGAUGAUGACAGCGACAACGAAGCGUACCCAUUGGAUAUUGAUCGCGAGGAAACAUCACCUCUCAGAGCACCCCCGACCACAUCAUAUGGCAGUCAACCUUUGCCUACUCUUAUUGAGUACCAGGAAGAAGCAAUGUUGGAGCAAAUCACAGAGAUGAUAGAAAAGUCACCGCCCCCACUAGACUCACCCCCCACACAUACACACUUCUCACCUGUUGCGAUUACCCCUCCUCCCCCUGGCCCAGUAUCUGAUGAUCGUGAGAGCAUCGAAAGAGAUCUUCAGGAAAUAGUGCUCAUGGAAAUGGCCGCCACGACAGAACAGCAACGAGAACACCAAAAUGAGGAGACCUCAGAUAAAGAAUAUGAUCAACAAUAUCUGAAUAUCGAUGAUGAAAUUGAAGAGUUGCUCAGUUUCGGAAGAGAUAGCAAAUCUCCAGCUAACGACUUUGAAUUGGACUUUGAUCUUCCUCCUCCUCUCUCUGUGUCUCCACCUCCUCCUAAACCAACCACUAAGGCCCCAAAACGACAAGUGAAGAAAGGUUCCCCUCCUCCCACUAAAGCAAAACCAAAGAGGCCAGCUUCGUUCGUACAAGCCACCACUUUACUUCCUCAAGACCCUGAGCCAGAAAGAGCUAGGAGUUCCACUCCCCGAUUUACAUCGCCACCCCCUCCAAUCUCUCCACCUCCACAUUCCCCAUCUCCAGUUAUUUCAUAUAAACCAAUUGCUGAGGUAACUGUAGCCGCACAAUACGUUUCAGAGCCUAUACCUACAACUGUUGCAAGUCCCAGGGCAGAUACACCACCCAUCACUGCUGAUACACCCUCCCCACUACUGUCUCAUGUAAUUGUUGAUGAACAGCCGGCACACUCUCCACCUGUCACUAUGAACACUCCCUCUCCACAACUGCCAGAAGUCAAUGUACGACCAAGGCAACCUACGUCUGUUUUUACUGUAACGACUCCCUCCCCACAAUUGUCUCCUUUACCUGUUGAAAGUUUCUCUCCGCAACCAUCACAAGCUAUACCUGUCAUAAUUGACACAGAACCAUCACAAACUAAUCCUAUCAUUGUUGACAUGCCUUCCACUCAACUAUCAGAAGUUGACGCCCCCUCCUCCACAAAAUCGUCUGAAGCUAACAAAGUCAAUACGUCAACCAUACAAGCUAUGCCUGCAACCCCAAUCUCACAGCCUCUGCAGGUCAAGGAGCUCGGCCCGGUAACCCCUGAUGAUGUGGAGAUAGUGGGAAACGUCAAAAUACAUUGUGUACAGCGUACAAGGUGGACCCCAAAAGGCAGCUCAACUGAAAUAGUGAAUCCUCCAGAAGAUCAGAACAAGCAACGUUACCAGCAACAUUUCACUCAACUGUGGGCCCAACCAGCUCCCAAACAGAUGUCCCCAUCAAAACAGACCAUUACGCCCAUUUCAACACGACAAAAUGGACAUCCUGAGCCGAAUCGAGGAAAAUCAACAACCCCUAACUCUGGUACUCACUUGCGUACCUCUCCAAGAACAUCCCAUGACAUGAACAAGCGAUACACGCAGCCAGCAAACAUGGCUGGUUGGCAGCAUUCUAUUGGACGAAACAGAAGUCUAUCCACUAGCAAUAAGAUGUUAUCACCACAACAACAACAACAACAACAACAGCAAAUGCCCAUCAAAAAACCCAACUGGAAAAGUCAAGAAGAGCUUCGGAAUCAUAGGGUUAUGCCUCCCUCUAAUGGAUCGACCGAGCAGCAGUGGACCAGGACCACACCAGUUCGUCAACAAUCCAUGCCCACUCAGCAGCAGCUCAAAACUCAGAGCCUACCUCGUGGGAAUAACGACUGGCGAGUCAAUCGUAGCAGUACAUGGUCUCGUGGAGGGGGAUCACGUUCCAUCGAUGGUCAGCAAUCUGCCUUUGCCAUCAAAGCGAAGAGUCCAUACGAUCUAUGCUCUCGAUGCCACAAGCAGCUAGGAACUGAGACGAUCAUGUCAAUUCCUAACCUCAAGGCCCACUAUCAUGCAUCAUGCUUUGUGUGUCGGGUGUGUAGAGCUCCCCUCGUGAGAAGCCCCCACAACACAUCCGUUCUAAUUAAAGGGAUGCACCCACACUGCAAAUACUGUGGCUCAUCAUCUGACCAAGGUGUGCUUACCACGGAGUGCUAAAUCAAGAUGAUGUUAGGAUGACAUUGAACCUUUUUACGUACAUUUUUUAUCUCAGAAUAAUAUAGUUAUUUACUUUUUUACUCAUUUAGUUAGCGCAACACCUAUUGUACAGUCAUAAUUAUGUAUGUGGUUAUAAAACAUUUUCUUAUACAUCUGCUCAUCUACACCAGACCUUA